AUGCCGUUCCGCGCACGCCUCCACCCGCUCAGCCUGGUGCGGCGACAAGCAGCCGCCCAGCGGUUUGUGCUGCACACGGCUCGCGCGUCCGCCCCACCCUUGGCGACCCCUCAGGCUUCCUCAUUUGCUGGACCGGGACCGAACACCCUCCAGUGCCGCGCGUACAACACGACCGCAGCGGCCCAGCUGUCAUUUGCCGACUUCUUCUCUGGGCGGAAAUCACAAAAGGCGGCACAGGAAGGGGACGCUGCCGUCGACAAGUUUAUGGCGUUGGUCGGCCGUCGGUCCUCGCAGGACUUGACCCGGUCGUACACGGCACUCGUGGCCCAGAUCAACAGCGGUGGCUGCCGUCGUCUCACUGCCGACGAGCUGGACCGGGUGCUGCGGUUUCUCUCUGAUGGGCAUCCUUCUUCGUUUACAGUGACCUUUCUGCAAGCACUGUUUGACGACAUGGAGCGCCUCCACCACGUCGAGGCCGAACCUCGGCACUACCGCAGCCUAAUCUCGGGCUUGGCGCGCAACGACAAUGGACCCCGCGCCCUCGAGAUUGCACGGUCACUUCACGACAGCGUGGGAGUUGUCACGGAACAGGAGUGGAGCGACAUCCUUCGCGCGACGUUGAGGCGGCCCAACAGUGCCAAAGACUCCAAAGCCAUCGACGAGGUCCUCACAGCGGCCAAGCUGGCUGGCGCCAACUCUGAGCGACUCUACUCGACCGUUUUGACCAUGCCCACCGCCCGGGAAUUGAGCAGUAAGGCAGCGGCAAAAGAAGCAGCCAAGCUGUACGCACGCAUGGACAAGGACGGCGUCGCCCCCGGUCCGUGGUGCGAGGCACGGCUUGUGGAUGCCCAACUGGGUGCCAGCGUCGCCUCCUCGGUCAAGGCGACCGUCGACAGCUGGCGUGCUGCCGACAAUGUGGACGACGCCGAGCUGCAGCAGUUCCGUGAGGAGGUGACCCUGCGGCUCGAAAUGGCUCGCAAGGACCGUGCGGCCAUGGAAGCGCUUCUCCACGAGGGAGUCCCACACGCUCGCCCAUCAGAAGUGUCGAAAGCCUUUACCUUUGCCGUCCAAGACCGGUUAAAUGGCGUGUACACCACCGAGACCGUUGUGGAUGCCAUCGAGGAGGUGGCGACUGCGACCGGCAAGCAGUUUUCCACAGAGGCAUGGACCCUCUUGAUCUCGACUGUCGACGAGCUUGGUCAUUACGAUGUGGCGUACGAUCUGUACGAGCUGGCGCGUGCGCGCAUGUCCACGCUGGACGACCGCCUUGCCAAGCAGAUCAUUCGCUCCCUGUGCAACAAGUAUGACGAGCCGCGCUUGGACGAGGCAAUGUCCAUGUAUCACCACCUGGUCGACUCCAACCCAAACAUCAACAUUGCGAUCUUGCGCAAGAUCUACGAAAUGUUGUUCAGCAGCUGCGCCAAACAUGCCUCGGCAGAUUACAGCGACCGUAACACCGCAGGCUAUGUCGCAAGUUUGGCCACAAAAUCUGCUAUUUUGAUAGCCGACGAUGCCUUGCGUCGCGGUAUCCAAAUUAGCAAGACGAGCGCCGGCCGCCUCAUUGACAUUAUGACCGGUGCCAAAGACCACCCGGAAGCGUUCGACGUGUACCGUCGAAUCUCAUAUGUGCUCGAUCCCCCUCUCGAUGGAAACCAAAUCGACCAGGUUGCGGCGGCCUUUAUCAAGUUGAGGUGGGCUGGGUCGGUUGUCCCGAAUCCCGAGUAUGUCAAGGCUUUUAUCGACGACAUGUCGUGGACGGGCGUGGCUGGAGCCCGUUCCCUCCUCAUGGCGCUUCUGAACACGUACGCGUACCUGGCCAAAGAGUGGUGGCCCUCAAUGGACGAGAACGCCGACAGGCGGUUUGCGAUCGAUGCCUUGCUACACGCAACACGAGACGUGCACCACUUGAUCAUGCUCGACUCGGCCGUCCCCAUGGAGAUUCCCCUCCUGACAGCAUUGAUGGACGCCCUCUCCAGCUGUGGCGCCUUUGGCGAAGCCUUUGAGGUCUGGCGCGAGAUUGUCAUCCAGUGCAACAAGCGGCUUCGAGACGGCCCGAAAAUCAGCGAGCAGUUGAUGGCACCUGCCAUCAGCGUUGCGCUCGAUAGCGCUGGGUGGGGCCACGACCCAGCGGCCGCCCACAAAAUCUGGUCGUGGGCGUCGCGGCACAACCUCCUGUCACACAAGAACUGGGAGACUUGGACAGAAUGCCUGUGCCGAUUGGGCCUGUUCGAGGAGGCGCUCAACGUCGUCACAAACCAGAUGGGCCACAACGGCAACCCUCCAGCAACGGCGGGCUCCGUGAUGGUGAUCAUGAAGUUUGUCACUCGUGACCGCCACCGUCACCUCAUGCCCCAUGUCGGCCGGCAGCUGCGCGAAAAGUGUCCGCAGCUUUACGAUCAGGUCAAGUCUAGCAUCAUCAUCGACGAGUUUUGA